AUGGAUUCCGCUGUGGUAAAAGGAGUAGCAACGAAUCAUUUAUCCAUGGAGUGGACCAAACUUAAGACUCUUGGCAAGGGUUCGUUUGCAAUUGUUCACUUGGUGAAACCUACAAACUCCGUUUCUGAUGAUCAAGUUUUUGCGAUGAAAUCUUGUCUUUACCAACUUUCUUCUUCACUUCAAAAGGAACAAAAAAUCCUUAAGAGAUUCUUUCCUUGCCGUAAUAUUGUUCAAUGCUACGGUGAUAUGUUGAGCUGUGAGCAAGGGGCGGUGGUUUACAACUUGUUUCUUGAAUAUGCUCCUGGUGGUAGUCUUCUGGAUUUGAUAAACAAUAAAUAUGGGGGCAAGGUUCCGGAAUGUGAUGCGAGGUGCUACGCAAGAAUUCUGGUUGAAGGGGUUCGUGAUAUUCAUGAGAGAGGCUACGUUCAUUGUGAUCUCAAGCCUGGAAAUGUUCUUGUAUAUCCUUCUGAUGAGUAUGGUUCAGUUAGCAGUCUAAAGAUUGCUGAUUUUGGCCUGGCUGAGCAACCUGGAGAAAGAGUCGAUGAGCCAGGGGUCGAUCCUUGGAUGCUGAAAUUUCCAGGUACAGCAGUUUACAUGCCACCAGAAGGUAUUAAUUAUAAGAAAAUCAGUGCUUCAAUGGAUAUAUGGUCGCUAGGGUGCAUUGUUCUUCAGAUGGUUACUGGAAAACUACCAUGGGAAUAUGAGGAUCUGACGGAUUUGGCAAUCCAGCUCGGAUCUAGGAGGUAUUCGCCAAAAAUAUCCGAAAACAUGUCAAGCACAGGACAAGAUUUCUUAAGCAAGUGUUUUGUAAGGGAUCCUAGUGAAAGGUGGACUGCUGAUAUGCUGCUAAGUCAUCCUUUUGUCCUUCCAGACCGCCCCUCCGUUGCCAUCUCGAACAAAGCCUCUUCACCAUGA